GCUCUGGUUCUGAUAAGUUUCAGCUGUCAAGUCUCUGCACUGUAACAUGGCUUUCUUUGUGAUACAUCUUUUGUUUUGCACUACUUUGUUUGCUCGCUAUAAAGCUUCCGAAGUAAAUUUAGUGAACGAAGAAGUUAAACGUUUUGUGGAUCUAGCAACUCACUUAGCAAAAAUGACCACAGAAGUGACUAUUUCGAACAGUGGACCUGCGGCUGCAUACUCUUUUCUCAUUGCCUUGGACCCAGAGCUGGAAAGUCAUCUCGCUUUUAUUGGGGUGAAAGGAGAAGAUGAAGAAGAAAAUGUCCUGGAACUACAAGAGACAGAAGUCCGUGAAAAGAGCGGUCGAUUCUUCAGAGUGAAGUUUCCAGCUGCUCUUGCAGUUGGGGCUAAGACAAAGAUCACAGUAGAAACUGUUUUCACCCAUGUUCUGCGACCAUAUCCUACCCAUAUCACACAGGCAGAACGUCAGUUUGUCAUAUUUGAAGGAAAUCACUACUUCUUCUCCCCCUAUCCCACAAAGACCCAGACCACCCGCAUCAAACUAGCUUCAAGAAAUGUGGAAAGCUACACUAAGCUGGGAAAUCCUUCUAAGUCAGAGGACACUCUUGAAUAUGGACCCUUCAAAGAUGUUGGCUCAUAUAGCCAGGAUCGUCUCAAAGUACACUAUGAAAACAACACCCCCUUCCUGACUGUUGCAUCUAUGACCCGGCUGAUUGAAGUGUCACAUUGGGGUAACAUUGCAGUUGAAGAAACUGUAGAUUUGAAGCAUACUGGUGCUGUCCUUAAAGGUCCUUUCUCUAGAUACGACUACCAGCGACAGCCUGACAGUGGAAUCUCAUCUAUUAAGUCAUUUAAGACCAUUCUUCCAGCAGCUGCCCAGGAUGUGUACUACAGGGAUGAAAUUGGGAACAUUUCUACUAGUCACCUUGCUGUUCUUGAUGACUCUGUUGACAUGGAAAUCCGUCCCCGAUUCCCACUGUUUGGGGGUUGGAAAACUCACUAUGUCAUUGGGUACAACCUUCCAAGCUAUGAGUAUCUCUACAACCUUGGUGAUCAGUAUGCUCUGAAGAUGAGAUUUGUUGAUCAUGUUUUUGACGAUCAGGUUAUCGAUUCCCUUACAGUCAAGAUUAUUCUUCCGGAAGGUGCCAAAAAUAUUCAUUUGGAAAACCCAUAUGAAAUUAAUCGAGCCCAGGAUGAACUUCACUACACCUAUCUUGAUACUUUUGGACGUCCUGUUGUAGUUGCAUACAAGAAUAACUUAGUGGAGCAGCACAUUCAAGACAUUGUGCUGCAUUACACAUUUAAUAAGAUUCUGAUGCUUCAGGAGCCUCUAUUGGUCGUUGGUGCAUUCUAUAUUCUGUUUUUCACAGUCAUUCUGUACGUGAGGCUGGAUUUUUCCAUUACAAAGGAUCCAGCUGCUGAGGCAAAAAUGAAAGUGGCCUCCAUAACAGAGCAAGUCUUAACUCUGGUAAAUAAACGUUUAGGCUUGUACCGCCACUUUGAAGAGUCUGUGAAUAAAUAUAAACAGUCCAGAGAUAUUGCCACGCUGAAUGCUGGCAAGAAGACCUUGGAAACAGAACAUCGUAAUUUGACCAAUGAGAUUGCAUCUCUGCAGUCGAAGCUGAAAACAGAGGGGUCUGAACUGUCUGACAAAGUUGCUGAAAUUCAGAAGCUGGAUGGUCAAGUGAAAGAGCUUGUGUUGAAGUCCUCCCAAGAGGCUGAACGUCUGGUUGCUGGGAAGGUCAAGAAGGAGACUUACAUUGAAACUGAUAAGCAACUGAGUUCCAAACGGCAAGACUUGAUCAACAAAGUUGACAACAUUCUUGAUGCAUUGUGACAUAUACAUUGUAACAUAUCCACUCAAAAACAAAUUAUGUGUAUGUUUUUUGUUAUAAACCUGUUGGCAAAUCCUCUGGAUAUGGUGGGAGGUUAUCAUUACAAAUGUUUGGGAAGGGAAUUAAAUGAAGAGUGAAAGUUAAUGUUGGCCUUUUUGCUGAGAUCUUUUGUUUAUGGCUGAAGUUAAGCAUAUCAGUUUUAUUUUGUGCUUCACAUUGAGAUGUGUGAAAUAUUGUUGAAAAGACAUUAACAGUGCAAUUUUUUGUACAGAAAAAAUAGAAAUGCAGUCUCUCAAAGUACACUACCCUUUACAUUUUGGCAGGUGAAAGAUGGUAAUUUUGUUUUGUUUAUUGCCACUUCAUUGCAGUUUAUCAUUCAUUUCAUGCGAAGUGUUGCAUAAGACUCUGAAGACAUAAAAAAAAAGUUUUGGAAUAUUCCUUUGAAUACAAAGUAUGUUCAGAUUCCAUCAUUUUUAAUAUGCAGUAAAGAUGAAAUUUAAAUAAACGAGAGAUUGAAAAUGUCUUGCAUCCCAUUUUUGGAUGAUAAAGAUAAAUGCCCACAUGUGCUGAAAUAUUUAACUGAACAUACGUUUUUGUUUUAUGAAAUAUGACAAUGCUUUGUAUUUACUGGAAUGUCACAGCAGUUAGUGUUACAAAGAUGCUGUCAUCAUCUUUUAAUAACAAUACAACAAAUAGCUGACAUUGACAGCCAGGAGUGUUAAUAUUGCUAUGUACAGCACUGACUAACUUGACUGAAAAGCAAUCAGUCUGUGGUUAAUUUCACAUUUUGAUUUAUUUCAUUAAAGAGAAGCUUGUGGGGCAAAACCUGCUUACAAAA